GCAAAUGUCUCGCUGAAAUUGCCGCCUUCAAGGCCUGUAUGAAAAAUCAUGGCCAGUUUGAAGAACAUUAAAAAUUAAAUCUCAGAUUACCCGGUUAGAUCAACUCUGCAAUGAUAAAAAAAUUUUCUCUUGCAGAGAAUUUUUUUUCAUUCCCACCCCUGACAGAUUUUUUUUUCAAAUUUAGAUUGGAAAAAAUACAUAAGCCUCGAUUUUGGGCCCGCUUUGCAUUUUUCUUCUUUUUUCUCCUUAGGAAUACUUUUUGGAAGAACCGCUAUUUUUUGUAUAUAAUUUCACCGCUAUAUAUCAUAAACCAUUUUUCAAAGCUCUACACACAAAAUAGCAAGAAAAAUAAACACUUGGUGUAUAUUUUUUUUGUCCAUUUACUUCAAAGGCUUUGGGGAAAGUCCCCGGACACAGGGCAGAAAGUGCCGCCUGUAAUUAGGCAGAGAAAAUAAAGUUUUUUUUGUUUGCAAAUGAUGUUUCCGAAUCUCUUCACCGGAUCAAAAUAAUGACCGAUAGAAACGGGUUUUCACAAUGACUCUGACUGAUGCUUAAACACAAAAAAAACUUUUUUUUCAAUUACAUUCUAAAAGUGCAGAAAAAACAGUUUAUCUAAAAUAUAAACAAUUUUUGCAAUAGUUUUUCCCCUAAUUUUUUA